AUGAGUGGGAACUACCAUCCGUUUGCGAACAAAAAUCUCUCUGUGGCUGUACCAAUCGCGCCCAAGGGUCCCAUCACCUCAGAGCCUCGUGAGGCUCCACCUUCCCCCAAGACAACUACAACUCCCCCUGCACUGUCAGUGCCCUCGUCCCCUGUCCCUGCUGCCGCUGGGCAGGUGGAUGAAAUGAAUGCUGAGAUGGAUGCAUUGAUCGCUAAGUCAGAACAGUUGGAUCUCGAAGUUGAGGCCCAUAGGCACAGAUUUUCCACAGAGGAGCUCUUCGGUAGUUUCAUUCUUAUCGGAUUAUUGAUGUCCAUUAAUGUGCUACUCCUCUUUCUACUAGCAGCCAUGGAUACUAUGAAUAUCAAGUCCUCCCAGAGCACUCAGGCUUAG